AUGUAUCAUCAUGUUCGGGUUCCGGUGGAGGAUUGUGACUUGUUACGGUUCCUGUGGUGGCCAGGAGAGGACACAGCACUGGAACCUGCAGAGUACCAGAUGGUCAUGCACCCGCUUGGUGUCAAGUCCUCUGGAAACUGCGUCAACCAUGCACUCCGUCAUACUGCAGAAGAACAUGGGCACAAGUACUGCAAUGAGGCGUCUGAAGCUAUCAUGAAGAACUUCUACGCCGAUAACCUCCUCAAGGCCCAUGACGACGAGGAGCAUCUCAAGAUGAUGAUGGUAGACAUGACUUCGCUCUGUGCUGAUGGAGGCUGGUGUCUGAACCAAUGGACGUCAAGCAACAGGGGACUGCUCUCUGUCAUUUCCGAGUCAGAGUGA